AUGCGGUCCAUCAUCGGCCUCCUCCUCUGUCUCGCCCUUGUGUUCUAUGUGGCUCCUGUCGGUGGAAAGAAAGUCAGAAAAAGGUGUAAGCCUUUGACGUUCCCAGACACGGUAAGAAGUUGUGACCAGGAGCCGAACGCAGACGGUUGGUACCGAGAUGGAACCGUGUGCAACUUUGCCUGCAGGGUGGGAUGUGUGAAGGACACAGGGGGCACAAAGAGGGUGUGCAAGGUCAAGGGCAGGUCAAAAUGGUGGACUGGAGGACGCGGACUGAAGUGUCUUUGUCGCCCAUGUGUCGGUGCGCCCAGCCACCCCGAAGGUUACACCAGUGAUUGCGGUGCAGGCACCUACCUAGCCGGCCACACAUGUGUCUUCACCUGCCCGGCCGGGUAUGUCAAGUCGUCCGGUAACGAGAGGAAAGUCUGCGUGAACAGCCGCUGGAGGGGAGAAGACCUAGUGUGUGAAGAGACAAAUGAAUGUAUGUCUAAUCCGUGUGCUAACGGUGCGACUUGCGAGGACGAGAUCGGCGGCUACACCUGUACCUGUGCUCCUGGAUAUGAAGGAGACCAUUGUGAAACGGAGACAGACGAAUGUAUGUCUAAUCCGUGUGAAAACGAUGCGACUUGCCAUGACGAGAUCGGCGGCUACACCUGUACUUGUGCUCCUGGAUAUGAAGGAGAUCAAUGUGAAGCUGAGACAAACGAAUGUAUGUCUAAUCCGUGUGCAAACGGUGCGACUUGCGAGGACGAGAUCGGCGGCUACACCUGUACCUGUGCUCCUGGAUAUGAAGGAGACCAUUGUGAAACGGAGACAGACGAAUGUAUGUCUAAUCCGUGUGAAAACGAUGCGACUUGCCAUGACGAGAUCGGCGGCUACACCUGUACUUGUGCUCCUGGAUAUGAAGGAGAUCAAUGUGAAGCUGAGGAUUCAACCACGCCGAUGGGCGGUAAUAACGGCUAUACAGAUGCGGGCGGUACAACGUCCGGCUACUCCCGGUGUUAUGGUGCACCCAGCCACCCCGACGGUUACACCAGUGGCUGUAGUGAAAACCAGGAAGAAUUCCCAGCCGGCCACACGUGUGUCUUCACCUGCCCGGUUGGAUAUGUCAAGACAGCAGGAGAUUCGAUAAAAGUCUGUGAAGACGGCCAAUGGAUGGGAGAAGAUCUAGUGUGUGAAGCCACCCCGAAGGUUAUACCGGUGAUUGUGGCGCAGCCCAGCUCUACCCAGCCGGUCACACAUGUGUCUUCACCUGCCCGGUCGGGUAUGUCAAGACAGCAGGAGAUUCAAGGAAACUCUGCGAAAAUGGCCAAUGGAGGGGAGAAGACUUAG